AUGGCUGAUCAGCUCAACAUCAACGGCCUCAACAUCGGCUCCACUCAGGAGGCCUCUGGUCGCUCCUCUUACAUCCCCCCUCAUAUGCGAGGCAAGAUGGGCCAGGCUCCUCCUGCCGCCGCCCCCGCCCCCGUCGCCGGCGGCCCUCCCAACGUCAACGGCGGCCUCAACAACAGUGCCUGGGCUGGUAACAACGGCAACAACACCAACUACGGCGGUGGUCGCGGCGGCGGUGACUGGCCUGCCAUGGGCGGUCCCGGUGGCCCUGGCGGCCCCCCUGCUCCCGCUGCGGCUGGCGGUCCUCCUCCUCACUACGGUGGCGGUCGCGGUGGUGGUCGUGGCGGCUGGAACGGUGGUGAUCGUGGCUACGGCGGUGGCUACGGCGGCAAUGCUGGCGGUGCCGGCGGUGCUCCCGCACACACCCGCGGCUCUGGCGAUGGUCAGUGGCGCGACGGCAAGCACAUUGCUGGACCCGCCAACCCCCGUGUCGAGCGCGAGCUCUUCGGAACCCCAGACGAUCCUUCCAAGCAGCACACCGGUAUCAACUUCGAGAAGUACGACGACAUUCCCGUCGAGGCUUCCGGUCACGACGUUCCCGAGCCUGUCCUCACCUUCACGAACCCUCCUCUUGAUGACCACCUCAUCAGCAACAUUGGCCUUGCCCACUACAAGGUUCCCACCCCCGUUCAGAAGUACUCUAUCCCCAUUGUCAUGGGUGGCCGUGACUUGAUGGCUUGCGCCCAGACUGGUUCCGGCAAGACUGGUGGUUUCCUCUUCCCCAUUCUUUCUCAGGCCUUUAUCAACGGUCCUUCGCCCGUUCCCGCCAACGCCGCCGGUGGCAGCUUUGGUCGUCAGCGCAAGGCCUACCCCACCUCGCUGAUCCUCGCCCCCACCCGUGAGCUUGUCUCGCAGAUCUACGACGAGUCUCGCAAGUUCGCCUACCGUUCGUGGGUUCGCCCUUGCGUUGUCUACGGUGGUGCCGACAUUGGUUCUCAGCUCCGCCAGAUUGAGCGCGGUUGUGAUCUCCUGGUUGCCACCCCCGGCCGUCUUGUCGAUCUGAUCGAGCGCGGUCGCAUCUCCCUGCAGAACAUUAAGUAUCUUGUGCUCGAUGAGGCUGAUCGCAUGCUUGACAUGGGUUUCGAGCCUCAGAUUCGCCGCAUCGUUGAGGGAGAGGACAUGCCCGGCGUUCAGAACCGCCAGACUCUCAUGUUCUCCGCCACCUUCCCCCGCGACAUCCAGAUGCUGGCCCGUGACUUCCUCAAGGACUACGUCUUCCUCUCUGUUGGUCGUGUUGGCUCCACUUCGGAGAACAUCACCCAGAAGGUCGAGUACGUUGAGGACGUCGACAAGCGCUCUGUUCUUCUCGACAUUCUCCACACCCAUGGCGCAGGUCUCACGCUGAUUUUCGUCGAAACCAAGCGCAUGGCUGAUUCGCUCUCGGACUUCCUCAUCAACCAGAGCUUCCCUGCCACUUCCAUUCACGGAGAUCGUACUCAGCGCGAGCGUGAGCGCGCCCUCGAGUUCUUCCGCAACGGCCGCUGCCCCAUUCUGGUUGCCACCGCCGUUGCCGCUCGUGGUCUCGAUAUUCCCAACGUCACCCACGUUGUCAACUAUGAUCUGCCCACCGACAUUGACGAUUACGUCCACCGCAUCGGUCGUACUGGUCGUGCCGGCAACACUGGUCACUCCACAGCGUUCUUCAACCGCGGCAACCGUGGUGUCGUUCGCGAGCUACUUGAGCUGCUCAAGGAAGCCAACCAGGAGGUUCCUCAGUUCCUUGAGACUAUCGCCCGUGAGUCUUCCUACGGCGGAGGCGGCCGUGGUAGGUCCGGCGGUGGUCGUGGCCGUGGACAGGGUGCCAACCGCGAUUUCCGUAAGUUCGGCGGUGGCGGCUUCAGCAGCGGCGGCGGCGGCGGCUUCGGUGGCCCUCCCAGCAGCGGCUACAGUGGCGGCGGCGGCGGCGGCUUCGGAGGUCCUCCUCCUAACCCCAGCUACGGCGGUGCUGGUGGUGGCUACGGCGGUGGCUACGGCGGCGGUGGCGGCGGCGGCGGCGGCAGCUAUGGCAACCCCGGCAGCGGCGCUGGCGGCCAGUCUUGGUGGUAA